UCGACAAUGAUUGGGUGAUUCAAAACCCUAACAGUACCACUUCACUAUCUUCUCACUCAGCCAUUGAUGGAGUCCUUCGAGGUCAAGAUGGAUGGUUCCACCAUCAAUUUCCCUCACGUUGAUCCCACCCAAGGUGUGGUUUCAUCUUCAUCACAACCUCAAACUUCCAUUUCACCUGAAGUUCCGGCUACGGAUCAUCAUGCAUCAUCAGCUUCUGCUGCUGCUGCUGCUGCUCAACACUUGAUGUACAAAAAUCGUUUGCAAGAGUUUACUCAAAGGGCGAACUUAGCACUUCCCUCAUAUCACACUGUUAAUGAGGGAGCUGACCAUGCUCCAAACUUUAGGUCAACAGUAUGGGUGGAUGGAGUGAGUUACACUUCACAAAUCACUUUCUCUCACCGAAAAGCUGCUGAGCAAGAUGCUGCCAGAGUUGCUUUGGGGAGCCAUGCUGAAAAAAUUAGAGAUGAAGGGUGCCAUUUAGUUUGUGAGGAUACCAUGUUUUCCAAGUCUAUCUUGAAUGAAUAUGCUAGUAAGCUGAAUCUAGAAAGACCCUCUUACAACACUAUUAAGCUAGAAGGGUUGCUUCCCCUUUUUGAAUCAUCUUUAGUUUUCAACGGUACAAAGUACACUGGUAAUGCUGCUAGAAACAAAAAGGAGGCUGAGCAAUUAGCAGCACGUGCUGCUAUUCUUUCUAUUUUAGGUGAUUCUCGCUCAGGAACACUUUACGGGAUAAUAAAGUCAAAAUCUAGAAUUUAUGCUUUAGUCAAACCAAACAAAUCCCAAUGCAUUGAGGCUAGUACUGCAUCAACCAUGGAAAAUACAAGACAUGCCUCUAUUUCACUGGAUCGUAAAGAUAAGGAAGUUGCUGGUCUUGUGGUUGCUGCUAUUAAUGAAGCAAAAAUUGAACUUCCUGUGCCUUCUGAAGUGCUUUCCUCAUGUCAAGAACUUCCUAAACAUGGAUCGUCAUUUGAAGCCACCGAGCUUCCAAUUGUGCCAUACCAACCAUGUUCAGAGCAGCUUAUCGGUGAUAGUUCAAGUUUGAAAAAGCGACGAAAGAACAAGAAGAAGGCUAAUAAGAAGUCACGAUUGGAAUCUUCGUUAUCCAUUGCUGCAUCUCCUUUGAACGAAAUCCCUCCUUGUUCAGUGGCACAGUAACCAUGUGAAAGUGUGGUCAUUUUUCUCCAGUUUGCAAAAGGUCAACACUUAGUCCUAGUUCUUAGAUAGAAUAGAAUCCUUUGUUAAUAUUUGAAAAGCCCGUAGCAUAUAGAUUUUCCUUUUUUUUUUUUUUUUGGAAGUGCUUUGUUAAUAUUCCAAUUUGUGUUGAGAAUGGACAUACUUCCUCCCGAGAACCCCAGCUAGCAGGAGAUACCGACUUAACUGAGUGGCAAAUUGAGUCAAUUGCGCCAAUACGCACUUUGCAAGUUGUUCCUAAAUCCUUAUUAUGGCAACUGCAGUGAUGUCAUGCUAAUGAUCAUUUAUAUAAUUAUAUGUAAUGUAGAGACACAAUACUAGACUUGCCACAUACAAUGGGCUUGGAUAGGUUAUUAAUUUUAUUUUCUAUUGACCA